AUGGCAGAAAGCGAGGCCGAGACCCCCAGCACACCCGGGGAGUUCGAGAGCAAGUACUUCGAGUACCAUGGGGUGCGGCUGCCGCCCUUCUGUCGGGGAAAGAUGGAGGAGAUCGCUAAUUUCCCGGUGAGGGACAGCGACGUCUGGAUUGUCACCUACCCCAAAUCAGGCACAGGCUUGCUCCAGGAAGUGGUCUAUCUAGUGAGUCAGGGAGCUGAUCCUGAUGAGAUUGGACUAAUGAAUAUAGAUGAACAACUUCCAGUCCUAGAGUACCCACAGCCUGGUCUGGACAUCAUCAAGGAAUUGACAUCUCCUCGCCUCAUAAAAAGUCACCUCCCAUAUCGGUUUUUGCCCUCAGACCUCCAUAAUGGCAAUUCAAAGGUAAUAUACAUGGCUCGCAACCCUAAAGACUUGGUGGUGUCUUAUUACCAAUUUCACCGCUCCCUAAGGACCAUGAGCUACAGAGGAACGUUUCAGGAGUUCUGCAGAAGGUUUAUGAAUGACAAGUUAGGAUAUGGUUCGUGGUUUGAACAUGUGCAAGAGUUUUGGGAACACCACAUGGAUGCCAAUGUACUUUUUCUCAAGUAUGAAGAUAUGCAUAAGGAUCUAGCAACAAUGGUUGAGCAACUGGUGAGGUUCUUGGGAGUUUCUUAUGACAAAGCACAGUUGGAAUCCAUGGUGGAACACUGUCAUCAACUAAUUGAUCAGUGCUGUAAUGCAGAAGCACUUCCUGUUGGCAGGGGACGAGUUGGGCUAUGGAAAGACAUCUUCACCGUUUCAAUGAACGAGAAAUUCGAUUUAGUUUAUAAACAGAAGAUGGGAAAAUGUGAUCUCACGUUUGACUUCUAUUUAUAA